AUGGCCGAGACAACGAGGGAUGAUCUUGGGAAGGUAAACGAACGGAUCACGCCGGUCGAAACCAACUACCGAGACGACUAUGUUCUGUACGACGCUCAUCUUAAGCGAACCAUAGCUUUGGAAGAUACGUCUUCAAAGUUGGUGGAUGACUUGGAACGGUUUCAAGAGAAGACCGAUCAACGACUUACAAAGAUCGAUGAGGACUUGGGGCGGUCAAGCACAGAAGACGGUUCAACACUCGACAGGGUCAUAAGCGUUGAAGAGAAGAAUGCAUUCCUUGAGGAACGAAACACCAAACUUGAAGCCGACCUCAAGGCGGUCACCGAACAGGAGGCACCGCGAUUGUCUGAUGCAGAAUUGGCCGAACGCGUACGAAAUGUAUCGGCCAGAAAUCCGGCACUUGCAAAGGCCAUAGCAAUUCAAGAGGCCAAGGAUGCAGAGCGGUUCAACGCUGAAAAACAAAGGUUCGACGAAUAUGCCAAGGCUCACAAGAAGUCCAAGGUGGCUCCCUCCUCUUCGGCUCCGGCAACAAGAAAAAGGAAAGUUCCUUCAAGGAAGGCUCAAGUCGCCGAGAUGCUGGGCAGAAUCACCGAGACAGUUGUUGACUCUCUACCGAACCCGGCUCUGCAAACCAAGGAUGACUUCGAAGAGGAUCUCGAGCCGCGACCUACAAGACAGCGAGUUUUCAAUGCGGUUCCAGUCAGCACGGUCGCUCAACCGUUCUGUCUAGGUUUUAGGUCUAGGUCUAGGUCUAGGUCUAGGUCUAGGUCUAGGUCUAGGUCUAGGUCUAGGUCUAGGUCUAGGUCUAGGUCUAGGUCUAGGUCUAGGUCUAGGUCUAGGUCUAGGUCUAGGUCUAGGUCUAGGUCUAGGUCUAGGUCUAGGUCUAGGUCUAGGUCUAGGUCUAGGUCUAGGUCUAGGUCUAGGUCUAGGUCUAGGUCUAGGUCUAGGUCUAGGUCUAGGUCUAGGUCUAGGUCUAGGUCUAGGUCGAGGAGGACAAAUGUCGUUGAAUAA